AUGGUGCAGCUCCUUGGAGGAAGCCAGUCCAGUUCAGGGAUUUGGUCAGCAGUGGACCAGAUGCUGCCCCCAUCCUGUUCCUCUCCACUUCCAGCUGCUCUCUCGUAUGUGGGAGUCGUCUUCUUCCUAGCCCUGGAGCUCUGUGUGGCACUACUAUCUUCUUACUCCAUCCACUUCCUGCUCACCUGCACUGGUGUUGCAGGCAUCCGAGCCUAUGAGUAUUUGGGACAGAGGGCAUUUAGGCCUGUGGAGAAGUUAGUGGUGGCCACCAUCAUCUGUCUGUACAGUCUACACUAGCCAUGUUGUUACCUGUUAAUCAUCAAAUCUGAACUCCUUCUGGUUAUUGGCACCUUCCUGAGGAAAGAACGCUAUCUCGGGUAUACUAGCAGCCUUUCUCUGACCUGCAUGCUGUUUUUCCUCAUUUCUGUCAUGUAUAAGAAGCUCUAGAUUUGCUGUGGUCUAAACUGCAACAAGACAGCAGUGGAGACUGUGUCACUAAACCUCCCCAGCCUGGGGCUCAGCAACUCCUGUGAGGCCCAGAUGUUCACAGUUGGCUUGCAGAUGGCCUAUACAGUGCCCAUCAUGGCCUUUGCCUUUGUCUGCCACCCUGAGGUGCUGCCCAUCUAUACAGAGUUGAGCUGACCUUCCCAGUGCAGGGUGCAGGCCAUGGCUAAUGUGUCCACUGGGGCCGUGUUCUGCAUGUAUGGACUCAGUGGUACCUUUGGGUGCCUCACUUUCUACCCAAAGCAUGAGCUGCUGCACAUGUACAGCCAGAAGGACCUGCUCAUCCUUAGCAUGCACCUGGCAGUGCUUCUCGCGAUGGUGCUCACUGUGCCUGUUGUGCUGUUCCCUAUCCGCUGUACUCUGCAGCAGCGGCUCUUCCCCAGCAAAGCCUUCAGCUGGCUAUGGCAUGUGGUCAAAGUCCUGUUCCUGCUGGCAUUGGUCAAUGUCCUUGUCAUCUGUGUCCAGAACACCUGGGAUAUCUUUAGGGCUAUUGGUCACUAUCUCCAACUUCUUCUCCACCUCUGCCCCAACCUCAUCGUCAUCCUUCCUAGUAUAUCCUACCUCUGCAUUGUCCCUUCUGAAGUGGAGCCCCACUGUUUCUGGCCCAAGAUCCAGGGCUGGGAUGGCACACUGGGUCUCAUGCGUUUGCUCUACCACCGAACCCACAGGAUAAUUCCUAAGAGUCUUGGGGCAUUGCUUUGAAAUGGAACCCUCAAGGAGGACGGUGCCCUCACCUUCCUGUCAUCAGCCUUAGCCUAGGAGCCUUGCUCCAAACUGUUAGCAACUGUUUGGCAUAGAGAGUCUCACUAUGUAGUCCAGGUCGGCCUG